UUGACGAGCGUCAGUGCAUUUAAUGAUAUAUUGUGCUGUUUAAUAUUAUAUUAAUAUUACAAUUUUAAAUAUUCAUUUAUCAAAAAUGUUUGAACGUAUUAAACCAGGUUUCGUUGAAUUUAGUGAACUGGCAAGUGCUGGUGCAGGUGGAAAAGUUGCCUUUUCAACGGACGACUUUUUUGCGACUUGCGAGAACAUGAUAUCAGACAGUGAGCCUAUCUUCAUUGAAGAUAAAUAUACGGAGUUUGGCAAAUGGAUGGACGGAUGGGAGACGAGGAGGAAGCGUGUUGCAGGCCACGACUGGUGCAUACUUAAACUUGCUACCAAGUGUAUUAUCAAAGGUUUUCUUGUCGAUACGGCAUUCUUUACUGGUAACUACGCACCCAAAUAUUCAAUUCAGGCUGCUUGUUUAACACCUGAAGAGGAAUCAGUAAUACCACGAAGAGUUGAAGCAAUUGGAACAGCCUCAAGCGAAGACGAUUUAGAACAAAUUAAAAAACUAGAAUCAGACAAAUGGGAAGAAAUCGUACCGAUUACCGCAUUGCAGCCAGGCUAUGAAGAAACAAGACAUAAUUACCAAAAGGUCCUUAGUGACGAAGCAUGGACUCAUAUUCGUGUGAAUAUGUUCCCUGAUGGUGGUAUAGCUCGGCUGCGAGUGUUCGGCGAGCCGCGGCCAGAACGACCUGCGCUAACUGACAUUGUAGACUUGGUGUCUGUUGUUAACGGAGGCUGUUGUGUUGGGUUUUCUAAUGCUCACUUCGGUCACCCCAAGAACAUAAUAAAGCCGGGCAAGGGCAGGUCGAUGUCUGACGGCUGGGAAACUGCGCGUAGACUCGACAGACCCAACAUCAUUGAGGCUAAUGCAGACGGCACUCUUAAAUUACAAGGAAAUGAAUGGGCCGUAUUUAAAUUAGGAUUCCCGGGUACAAUAAAGAAGAUUUCCGUGGACACAACACAUUUCAAAGGAAAUUUUCCAGACUCAGUGAAAUUCGAAGGUGUUUAUUUAGACAAUUUUAAUUGGACUGAAGAGAAAGAGAUCCCAUGGCAAACAAUAUUAAAUUCAAGCAAGUUGUCAGCAAACAAGGAACAUUGGUAUAAAGUUGAUUCAGAAAUCAUAACCCAUUUAAGAGUAACAAUAGCUCCUGAUGGCGGUUUAAGUAGAAUUAAAAUAUUCGGAUUGAUCGAUUCGGAAUAACUAUUUUUACUAACAGUAAUUUAAGUAUUUACUGUAGCUCAGUGUCGCUUAAUGGUACUUAAACGAUUCCUCAGAUUUUGUAUCAGAAAUCUACACUCCCUUAGGAACCAUCAAACAAUUCUGAGUACGGUGUUAUUCUAAAGUUAAAUAAUUGUACAUAUUGUGACAUUUUGUUUUGUUUUGUAUUCUGUAGUACAUAUUUGUUGUUACAAUGGUAUUGUUUAAUUUGAAAUACUCUGGUAUUAUU